AUGAAUCCAAAAACUGCACAUAAUCCUGUAUUUCUGGUAUUUCCUCCAGAGAUCACUAUUCCUGACGUGCAGCCAACAGACCUUACAGCCCCAACCUUUGAGUCUAAGAGUGCUUUUCCAAAAUUACUUGCUACAAAAAUGAAAAUCUUAGGGGCUAUGCAGAUCCUAUUUGGAGUGAUGAACUUUUCUUUUGGAGUCAUUUUCCUUUUCACUCUGGAAAAUCCAUACCCAAGGUUCCCCUUUAUAUUUAUUUCAGGAUAUCCAUUCUGGAGCUCUGUUUUGUUCAUUAAUUCUGGAGCCUUCCUAGUUGCACUGGAAAGAAAACCCACAGGAACUCUGGUGAAGAUGAGCCGAAUAAUGAAUUUUCUUAGUGCCCUGGGAGCAACAGCUGGAAUCAUUCUCAUUGCAUUUGGUCUCAUUCUAGAUCAACACUACUUUUGUGGCUAUGUUCAAACAGUUAGUCAGUGUCAAGGCAUUGCUACCCUAUUCAUUGGAAUUUUGAUUAUGUUGAUGGCCUUCAGCAUUAUUGAAUUAUUCAUCUCUCUGUCUUUCUCAAUUAUGAGGAGACACUUUUAUUGUUAUGAUUGUGACUAA